GAAAAAGCACUCGUGCUCAUGAGUCUGUGACUCAGCAAAUAAACCCACCAAAACUCGUACUACAAUCAAUCACACCGUAAACCCUAAAAAUCCGCUCGGAGGUCACCAAACCCUCUAGUACGGUAAGAUUGAAAAAUGUUUCUCAAGGUACAACUGAACUGGAACGUGGUAAUACCAGCCGAGAAUCUCGACAUCAAAGGGUUGAUGUUACAAAAGGCGAUUCUCGUUCGUUUGCUUGAUGACUUCUCCGCCAAGAAAGCAACCAAAGAUCUCGGGUACCUUCUAUGCGUGACCACUUUGGACAAAAUCGGUGAAGGGAAAGUACGAGAGCACUCGGGUGAUGUCUUGUUUCCCGUCACCUUCACUUGCUUGAGCUUCAAGGUAUUCCGAGGUGAAGUCAUAGAAGGAGUGGUUCACAAGAUUCUUAAACACGGGGUUUUCUUGAGGUGCGGACCGAUCGAAAACCUUUAUCUGUCUAACCAGAAAAUGAGCGAUUAUCAAUACCAAAUUGCGGAAAACCCGUGUUUCUUGAAUUCGAAAACCGGGUCCAGGAUUGAGAAGGAUGCGACUCUGAGGUGUAUUGUGAUCGGGGUGAAGUACAUGGAGGCCCCGAAGGAGUUUCAGGCGGUUGUCGGGUUGGAGGGUGAUUAUUUGGGCCCGGUCUAGUACCUGUUGUGUGGGUUUAGGUCUGCAUAGUUUGACCCAGUUUGAUGUUAUGAGUUAUGGCAAUGUAAAAAGAUGCUCAUUUUGAUGUGGCUCUAACUUCUAAGGUUGUUUGGUGAUUGGAAAUAUGUUGUGUUGACUAA